GCUGCACACAAACGACGUUGCCUGUGGCUGGGAACCAGAUGGCAAUCUGAGAUCCCCAGGGUCCCCAAGGCCACCCAGGAGCAGAGGCUUCAGAGUCUCCAAGGACUUUGUCUACUCACAUCACCCUAGUGAUGGCACAAAGGGACUGUUUUCCUACUUUCAAUCUUAAUGACUGCCAAGAAGGAAGGCAAAGGUAGAGCAAUUGGAUCUACUGCUUUCCUCAUAGUUUCAGAUCUCAGACUCUAUAAAACUCCUUCUGAGCCUAAGGAUAAAGCCUACCUGAACAAAUGAUUCUGCAUCAUGAAUGAAAAAUCUUGCUCUUUCCAUAAUGAGAAAGAAUUAAGAGAAGAACAGGUUGAAGGCAUGUCUGAUGGCUCUUCCUCACAAGACAAGGACAGCAGUGCUCUUGCAGCUUUCAGAGGAAUUCCUAUCUCAGAGUUGAAGAACCAUAGCCUUCUCCAGGCUUUGAGAGCUGAAGCCAAUGGAUGGGAACCAGCCGCUGUGAGUGCGGAGGUACUCAGAGCCCAAGAAGAAUGGGAAGCCGUGGACACCAUCCAGCCAGACACAGGUAUCUUCCAUUUUGCCCCUGGGAGCCAGGCCAGCUCAGACCAUCCUGGACAGCUCGUCUCCUUCAGUGAAGCUCUGCAGCACUUCCAGACUGUGGACCUCUCCUCCUUCAAGAAAAGAAUCCAACCAACUAUUCGUAGGACUGGGUUUGCUGCUCUCCGGCACUGCCUCUUUGGACCUCCAAAGCUCCACCAGGGCCUUCGGGAAGAAAGGGACCUGGUCCUGACUAUUGCUCAGUGCGGUUUGGACAGUCAAGAUCCAAUGCAUGGCCGAGUUCUCCAGACCAUCUACAAGAAGCUGACGGGCUCCAAGUUUGACUGUGCCCUCCAUGGAGACCACUGGGAGGACCUGGGCUUCCAGGGAGCAAAUCCAGCCACAGACCUGAGAGGGGCGGGCUUCCUUGCCCUCUUGCAUCUGCUGUACCUGGUGAUGGACUCAAAGACUUUACCUAUGGCCCUGGAGAUUUUACGCCUGUCUCGUCACCACAUCCAGCAGUUUCCUUUCUGUUUGAUGUCCGUGAAUAUCACACGCAUCGCUAUCCAGGCCUUGAGGGAGGAGUGUCUCUCCAGGGAGUGUAAUCGGCAACAAAAGGUUAUCCCAGUGGUAAACAGCUUCUAUGCCGCCACUUUCCUCCGCCUGGCACAUGUGUGGAGGACCCAGAAGAAGACCAUCUCAGACUCAGGCUUUGUCCUCAAAGACUUGGAAGCAUUGGCCAAGAAGAGCCCACGGCGUCUGCUCAGGACCCUGGAGAUCUAUCUGGCCCGGGUCUCAAAGGGCCAGGCCUCCUUGUUGGGAUCCCAGAAGCAUUGUGGGCCACAAGGCCAUAACUCCAAGGAUCUCACCUUCACUGGUGUGUGUGACCUGCAGCCUCACUCCUCUGAAGGUGCAGGACUGAUCUGACCAAACCCAGAGACAGACGGGAGGAAGAUUUGGUGGCUAGGCGACAAGCACUUUCAGAAGGUGUGUGGCUAGGCCAAGCCCCUUACCGCCUCAGCAGGUGAGAUUAGGAAGCUCUUGGAUUUGGUUAAAGAAAGGCAAGCACCUUCACCAGCCUGGAACAUUCUCGAGCACUAGACUUGACCCCUUCUCUGGACCAAGGAGAACUCUGUUCAUUCCCAGAUGGGAUCCAGUCUACAGUGUUGAAUUCCAGAUAUCUCAAUUUGAGGGAACAGAUCCUGAGGGAACAGCCUUACCAGGUAUUCCCAUAACCCCAUCUGGGAGGAAAUUCCCAAGUAGAAGAAGCUAGAAUUCCAACCCCCUAACAGCAAUUGGGCUCCACUGUUAGGAAUUCCAAGAGGAAAAAAAAGUGGUAAUGGCUGCAGCCAGCAGAGGGCAGCAUAACCUAGAAGAAACCUCUGCCUGGCUGACGGUGGGGUGGGGAUGUGCUUUUCCCUCCAGCCACGGCAUUUUCAGGGCCCUCUGAGCUUCUAGUCCUUACACUUGCCUAGCCUUCGCUUACCCCUCUCUUCCCCACAUUGUUUAUGAUGUAGAAAUGGACAAGUGGCUACUUUAGGAUCUCUGUGGCUGCACCAUCCUAACCACCUCUAGGCUGGAGCCUCUUGUGGAAGCUGACCCUUCCUUUGAUGGUUUUCUGGCCUAGUUGGGUAAAGAAGGACAUUCACUUAAACACCAGCAAUUUUUAAA